CGCUACUUUUGCGGGUACAACUACAUACAACAAGGCCAUCUUCAGUUUUGUUCUUCGAAUUCUAUCUGUCAGGCUGCGCAGCUUCGCACGUAAUCUGAAAAUAAACCGCCCUCACGCUUUCGUUCGUUUGUUCUUCUACCUUCUCUUUGAGUUUGAAACAUGAUGAGUUGACGUUUAUUCGUUUUUCCUCACAGUACUACACGACGUUCUUAAACAAACAUUUACUACUUCGGAUAAUUCUCUUUCUCUAUACCCCCCUCCUGCUAUUAAUUCAAUUCACGUUCGAAAAAUGGCAGAGAAAGCUGCAGUUGCUACCUCACCGCAGUAAGGGCUACCCGCAUGAUCAUGUGAUCAAUCCCCGGCGCCGCGACAGGGGACGACCACUGCAGAAAGGCUUCGAAGCACGGCGGCUGACAGAGCGCUCUGUCCUGGUGCAGGAGCAGUACUACAAUCCUGCAACUAGUUCUUGUUGUACCGCUAUUCUUGAGUCUUUACCGAGCCGGGGCAACUUGGGCAACGCAGCCGAGUUUCCAGUAUGGACAUCAUCCGGGACCGCCUCCGGAACUCGAGCAACUCCGCCGAGCGGGACGAGUUGCUCGAGGCACUGAAGGGCCUUGUGGAGGAGUUUGACGUAAGGACAAAAUUUGCUUGUUGUGUGCAGCUAGUCUAUCCUGGUUAUGAUACAACACUUGAUGCACUACGUAGCUUUUCCAUGGUACGCACCUGCGUGGUCGUUCUCGUUGUGUCUGGUGGAGGACACAAAGCAUCACCGUGUCUCGGGUCAAAAAAGUGCCGAAUUCACUACCAGUUAUACGCUUCAUUUCGUGAUUGUCCCUCUCUUUUUCUCUUUCGUUUCUCCCAUGAUCCACCAUCCAAAACGAAAAUCAGGUCGGCGGCGGACCAACAGUGAAAACCGACCUGGUAAACGCGUUGAACAUUAGCGGUGCUGCCAACGCGACGAAAAAUCCUCCCGAGCUGUCAACGAACAGCCGCGUUUCCACGCCGAAGUCGACUUCCACCGGCGCGAACAAAACGCCCCUGACGGGCGGCGGAUCGGGGAAAACAACGCCGAACAUGGCCGCCGCGGCCCAGCGUUUGACGAUCGACGUGGAGGAGGCGGAUCGGGUCCACGUGAUCGGGCAGAAGACCGCGUCAAACCUUGACGAAAAUCGCAGGCGGCUACAAGAACAGCAGCAGUUUGGUAGUAAUAACCCCCAACCCACCCCGAUAAACCUGACCGCCGCCAACAUCCAGCUGAUCCAAGGCACCCCCUCGGCCGCGGCUUCAAGUACUUCUAUGCUCGCUAGACACACGACCACCUCCGCCGCGGCCGCGACGACCCAUAAUUCCGGCAGAAGAACGCCGAACCAAUUAUGGCAUUCUCAAACGUUACAUUCUCAACUGUUACAUGGAUUUGUCAUGCAAAACUACCUGAAGCAGAAGCCGCCAGAUGCAGAUAAUCAAGCGGCUACGCAUGACAAAUCCCCGGAGGGCUAAAAAGCAUGUAAAUCUGUGCGGAAUUUGUAAUGCAAAAGGAGCAAUCUUCCCCCUUUCACUUUUGCCGUUCUUGCAUUACAAAUUCAUGUAACAGUUGAGAAUGUAACAUUUGAGAACUCCAUACCAAUCCGCUACGUCCGCCGGUAGAUCGAGAACGACGAGUGGUCAGCUGAUCCACCAUAUCAAAUGUAAAAAUGUCUGGGUCUGGAAGUAUGCAAGUUUGUCAUGCUUGUCUGGCAUGACUUGAGAAUCUGUGUUGCAUAGGCACGAAAACGCCCUCUUACCUGUCAUGCAAGAACGCAGUUUGCCAUGCGGAAUACGUAAGACAUGGGAGCCAAAAAAUUUGUCAUGCAUAGCUGCGUAUUGCAGUCCGUCUACCAUUCACUUUUAGCAUCACAAGUUUCCAGACCCAGACAUUUUUGCAAUCCAUACACCAGGGAAAAUCGGAAUCCAGCCCCUCGGCCAUGAUGGCGUCGGCGCAGCGGACCAACAGCUUCCCGAUUGAUGUCCCGAGCCGUCUGGCGAAGUCGGUCCAGGGCACGCCGACGAAUUUUUACCAUGGUGGAGAUUCGCGGUCUAACACACCGACCAGUUCUCUGUUGCGGAACCAGCACGGCGAGCUGAUCUACGCGGAGAGGCACAACAGCGCGGGGACAAACGUGUCUUCCCCGAAUGGCACAACCCCGUCCCACUAUGGCGGCGGAACAAAUAACGGCACCAACGCGCCAAACACGAUGACGUCGAGCUCCUUGUCGUUACCAAGUCCUGCGGGUGUAAUGUCUGCGCCCGCCGGGUAUUUGAACAGCCGCUCCGCGAGCACGAUGGCAGGGAAUAAAAACCCUCUGGACUUAAUGCAUACGCUGAAUGAGGAUGAAGAACUCCGUAUUGAGAGGAAAAAUCCCCCCUCCCCAUAUUGAAAACUCAUUCGUCUGAAAAUUUGUGAUGCAGAUUUGAGGUCACAAAUCCUGUCUGUCUUGCAAGAAGGCAAAGCCAGAGAGUCCGCCGCAUUAUGCCGGCGGUUUGUGAUGCUGUUGGGCUUACAGGGCCGACGUCUGUCAUGCUAGUCCCCUACGUCAAAACCCCUCGACCCAGGCUUGGUAUAUGCCUGCAGUCCUCCCCAGCAAGACGGGCCUGAUUUGUGUACGCAAAUCAAGCAUCAGAAAUUUCGUUUCGAUAUGGGGAGGGGGGAUUUUUCCUUUUGAUACUCCGGCUGCCGAUCGGGCAUUCCGACCCGGUGCUGCCUGCCGUGCUAAAAAAUAUCGAGCAAAAAAGUGUUAACGUUACGGCUUCGGCGAUUUUUGGAACAAAAAAUUUUUUUCCGCUCAGUGGCUUUUUUUUCAUGUAAAAGUCAGCACUUUUCAUGAUACUAGCUACCGCGGAACUCUGUCGUAGCGUCAUCAGUUUGAGCUAGCUAGUACACAAAGUAUUCCAUUCCGCGCCCGAGUCUAGCGCAACCUCCGGAGGAAGAGCACGGGCGCCGCGGCUCUGACUGUUUUGGCAUGAUAUGGCAGUGAUGUUGGCGACCUUUCGCCAUGAAGUCUGUCAUAAAAGGCGUGCGUCAUGUGUCGGCAUAUCAGUCUAUGCGACAACCCCCCGAAAGGUCCGCGCAACCCUCCACCAUAUCGCCACCAUAGAACUGUAUAGGCUCGCUGCGUUUCUAGUCAUCGCGCUGCAGCUUUUGAGCCAUCUCGCCAAGUUCUCUCCAUGAAGCAGAAAAGCUGUGACUUCGAGGAUGAGGGAAAUUGGGAAAAUUCGGGCAACAAAGUGCCCAAAUUUUGCAGUCACCCAAAAAAACCGUUAACACUUUUUAGAAUGGGCAGUAUGAUCGCCCCAGCCUGCCAAAAGCAUGCUUUUUUGUAUGAAAAUGCCAAAAAAUGACCGUUAACACUUUUUAGACAGCGCGCUAUGGUCGAUUUAUCCUCCCCAGAGCCCGUACUUCUUGGCCUGCAGGGUUUUGGACAGGGUAAGUCGAUCAUAGCAUGCUGUCUAAAAAGUGUUAACGGUUUUUCUGGGUGACUGCGAAAUCUGGCCUCACAUUGAUGGCAAAUCAUGGAUUUUUUCGGCGGAAUUCCCUAUGACCCGAAAAAACCGUUAACACUUUUUAGACAGCACGGUAUGGUCGACUCUGCCUGCCAAAAGCAGGUCCAUCCUCAGGGUCGAUGGCGGCGGCGAGGAUGGUGGCAACUCGAGAUCAUCUCUCAACCAGGUGGCUUGCAGUAGCUGCCGCCCACGAAGCGCCCCCAAACAGCUGAAAAGCAGGCUCCGCCGACACCGAGCUGGUGUGGAGGCGCUGCGACCGGGUCCAGGAGCCCACGUGGCGCGGAAGGUGCGUCAUGGGGCGGCCCCGGUAGGCGAAGUUCCGCGCCGUCAGACCUUGUGCACUAGCUAACUCAAACAAAGUUAGCUACUUCAGAGUCCCGCAAUAGUUAAAAGAGUGAGCGGGUCUCUUUACGCAUUCACAUAAUACGGGCAGUGAACCCACAAAAAAUUUUUAAUGCAAAAAAUGCAAAACCGUAACAUUAACACUUUUUUGUUCGAUAUUGCCGAUCGGGCAUUCCGACCCGGUGCUGCCCGCCGUGCCCGGCUCGGGGAUAGCGGACCACGCGGCAAAUCCGAUGAACAUGCUGUUGACCACCGACGAUGGCGGUAGUGGUAGAGUGGACGGACAAGAAACUGGUGCCACUGAAACCACAAAUGUCUCCGUCGCAGGAGCUUCAUCAAGGACCGGCACCGGAAGUAAAGAAAAAGAGGAACCAGUGCAGAUGACGCUGCAGCUGCUUCGGGAGAUUGUCUCCGCCAAUUCAUCCUCGACCAGGAGUGCAGCUGAGAGCAAAGGUGAACUAGUAGUGCCGCAACACAAUAAACUCGCCAGGUACAAGGACCUGCAGGUGUCCCUUCGCGCCGAGGAGGCGUUGAUCUUCCGCUCCUCGCGGUCCGGCGAGUUCGAGCACGUGUUUCGCGUUUGCGGGAACCCGCUGUGCCGCAGAAAGUGGAAGCAGUUGACGCGGUCCAUGCUACCGACUUUCUGUCCCACCUGCAGGAGGAUUAUUGAGCAGAGCUCUCUUCCUGCCUUCUCAGCCACGUCGAGCCCCGAACAAGCGGGCGCCGCGAAGGCGACCGGUGGUGGUGCGAACAACCCGAUAGUGGCACCUCCAAUGUUGGUAGCACAACCGCAGCAAUUAUCUACUCCGGGCGGCGGAGGCAUUGCUGGUGGUGCUGUUGCCCCGUCUCCCGCGCCGUCCAAUAGCAGCAGCAGACGGUCAAAUAGCCUGUUGAAGCACAAACUCUCGCGGGUCUACGAAUCCUGGUAUCGGACGUAUCUGCAGCUGUGUCGCGAAUUGGCCUACCCAGCAGCUAGCGAGCCCUUGCAGCCAUCGGAAUUUUUUUCCACCGGCCCAGACGUGCCAAGGGAUCUGGUAUGAUAAUGAUUUUAUUCUGCAGCCAUUUGUUUCAUGUAGAAAUACAACAAUUCUUGCAGAAAACUUGUGUAGUCGCACAUUACACCUCGUUCUAAAAGAAUCGCUACUGCUUUCUUGAUGCCUGCUUUCUUGAUGCCUGAAUAGCCUAAUUGCCAUGAAAUGAUAUGAUAAAAUUCAAACUACACCAACAGACCAUUGCCGAAGAGGAGUACUUCAUGCACUGCAUGCAGGAGAACCUUUAUGCAAGAAAAAAACUGUGUAAGUGUAACUUUGUGUUGCAGAAAGUGCAAAACUGUAUACGCUUGUCAUGCUGGACAUGCAUCAGUGGCUAUUUUCGUACGUGUUUUCAAGUACUAGCUACACAAAUACAGGUUUUCUGUGUCAUGCAGAGCAAACUUGUGCUGCUAUUCCUCCAAGAAACUUACACUUUCACAGUUUUUUUCUUGCAUAGCCUUCCGGUCAUCGAAGCCUCCACCGGGGACGUGAAAAACUGGAAUUCCAUGCUGGUGCGGAAAAAGUACCUGAAGGGGUACGUGGAAUCGAAGGUUAAUUUUCUCUGCAAAAUCGUCGCCGAGGAGGAGCUCGAUGCCGAUCUGAACCCGACGGGACGACCCACGAGCGAGAUCUUUUGGUAUUGGUACAGAUGAAAAAAAUAAUCGUAAAUAAGUGUAAGCGCACCUGUAAUUAUGGUGCAUACUGCAUUCAUGCAUCAUCAUGUGUCCUCAGAAGCAGAAGUUUGGAGGCGACUACAAGGGCAUCAAUUAUGACACUGAUUUUGAUUGUUUUGAUAGAGAAAGAUUGACUAAACGUUAACGUAAACUUGAUCUUGAAGUCGUGACAACUUCUAUCAGGUAUCUCGACUUCCGAAGCUCCCUGGAGGAGCAAGACGUGUUUCCGUUUCUGAGUAUCCCCAACCCGGCCGUGAAUGAGCGGAACGUGCUCCCGAAGCUCUGCAAACUCAUCCGUGACGACGGCGAGGGGCCGCUUUCUGGAGCCGCGGGACAGAACAAUAAUUCUGUUGGAGUUGUUGAUGACAACAAGAACAAUGUAAACCGGAACGAGUUCCAACCUGCCAACAGAAGUGCUGGUGCGGCCAACAACAGCACUAUUAAUCCCGCAGUUUUUCAGUCCCAGGGAAACAAGAUAAACCAACAUGGUGUUUUGGUGGGCACGGGAAAAUCGAGUUCGUCCUCCUCACAUGGGAAGGGCAGUAAAAACCACCAUGAUCUUCACCAUUCUGGAGGUCCAGAUCAACAACAGAAGGGUGCUGGAGCAAACAACGGGCCGAACAAGGGGAACAAGAAAAGCAACGGGAAGAUGAUGAACAACAACUCGUCCUUGCCGAUGAACCACAUGAAUAACAAGGGAGGUGGUCAAGCACAAGGACAAGGAGGCAAGCACAACAACAUGCACAUGAGCCAGCAAAUAAACAUUUCGAUGUCCCGUACAAACAACAACAGGAGUAAGAGCAGCGUGGAUUCGAACCACGCAAAUCUUCCCACUGUCGCCAUGUACGCCGCCUUCGAUCAGAGUUUCCAGCACCAGCAACAGCAGCAGAUUUUGCUGAACGCGAACAAUCUGAAUCCGUUUAUGUAUACGGGGCCCGCCGGACCCGGACCCGGAGCAGCAGGUCCGCACCAGCAGGGCAUGGUCAACAAUGGUGGAGGUGGUCAGUACAACUACUUCGACAGCCUCGUAGCCUCGCAGAUAGUACCUCCGCAAAAUAGUACAACCAACCUUCGUCCGAUGGCAAAUAGUUAUCACAGGGGCAAAUGAAUCACAUUACAAAUGAAUCACCAUACGGGAAAAAAAAUGCUUCCAAGUACCGCAGUGCAUGGCCAGGCUCGCACGCAUAAGGUAGCGCCCAACAUAUACAACCAAGUAACCUGAGACACAGCGACGCUUCUCAGGAAAGUCGCGCCUUUCUCGAUAAGGUUUGCACUAUUUGGUUGGUGGCUACGGGGGCCGAACGCAAUGGCCAUGAGUGGACGCGGGGGCCAUCGUGCCUGAAUAGCUUGCAAACAACUCGGGGGAAGCAUUCGCAACCCAAAAUACCAAGCAAAAGCCCAUUGCUAAAGAUAGGAAAAGCGACGCCACAAAACUGAAGUGAUUACACCUCCAUACCGUCGGGCGUAGCGUCCCGAGGGUGUCGCAUUUUCUGAAAAAAGUUCAAUUUUUGCCAAAAAUCCAUCUUUUUCGAAGCAAAAAAAGAGGUGUAAUCACCUUGCGUUUUGUAGCUAUCAAUUAGCCCUAUGAUUCAUUUGACUCCUCCCGCUUAGUAUCUGCUUGAAUCACCCCUGCAAAAAGUCGCGACUUUUGGCAUCAAAUUGAUGCCCGAAACACGUCUUUUUCGCGUCAAAUCACCCAAGCAGAUAUCAAGUGGGUUUGGCUUUUUUUUUGUCUGAAACAGGCUGAGCAUCUCAAGUGAUUACACCUCCACUGUUCCACUUCCGCCACUUGGUAACAGUAGAGUAGGGCAAGAGUAAGUAUAGUGCGCCAGUAGCACCAUGCGGGGUAGCAUUAUGCACCACGGUAUGAUGCUUUGGGGCUGGUCUUGGGGUAUCUUCUAUGGCAUCUUCUGCGCACUACGUCUCGCAGUCUUCUCCUUACCAAAAUGCGACGCCUGGGGCUUUCGGUCGCAGCCUUCUCAAGCAUUCGCCCACUGCAAUCUACCGACCAGCUGUGUCUGGCGCGGGGGAAAAAGCUGCAGGCGCUACGGCAGUUGGGGGCGCUCCGAAUUCUUUUUUUUUUCGGCCCUAUGAUUCUUUUGAAAGUGAUUCACUUGCUCCUUUGAUAAUAGUACAACCAACCUCCGUCCGAUGGCAUUACAACAGCACCAGUUUGUGAGAAAUAAUAGUAACCCACACGGCUCCCCCGGUGGAGGCGUCGGCAUUCGGGUGAACAACAGCAAUCAGCACAACUACAACUACGUUGGUCCUCGUCCUGCGGCCGCUGGAGGAACUACAAGUUCUGCCGCCGGGCUGACGCCGGUGAACACUAUGGGUGGAGCCGGAGGUUCUGGUCAACAUAAUUCGAAUUCCAGCUCUGCCUUCGCUGAUCUGGUGUCCUGGUCGACAACUAAUCAGCUGAAUCACAGCGGCGGUGGUCACCAAGCCGGUCAGCACAACAGCAAUAACCACCCGAGGAGUGGUGGCGGGGGCAACAGCCGAAACAACGGACGAGGGGGGAACAACAACAGUAGGGGCUCGAACAGUAAAGAGACGGCUGGAGGUAAUGGUCAGAAGUACGGGUCGUGGAGUCACCAGCAGAUAAAUCUCGUUCAAAGCGGGUUGAAUACGCCGGCACACAACCACUUGCCACCGCAGAGCCCGUCGGCCGCGUAUUUUGGGGACUGAGUGGGUUAGUAUUGGUAUUCCAAUUGUUGGAUUGGUCUUGCGAUUGGUUUUUAUAUUUUUUUGCAGGUGAUGGUGUUCGUGUUGGUCACUGCAUAUUACUCAGAAGGUUUUUGAUACUAGUAGUGGCACUUCUAGUACCGCUCGGUGUGUUGAAAAGACUGUAAGUUUGCGCGCAGAUAAAAAUCACCGAUGACCUCGUUUGAUGUACUGCACACAACGAUCUUGAUUGG